CUUUUCCCUCCACGCUGCGGCGCUAAAACUUCGCCAACUUCUGCUUUCGGUAUCGCUCGGCGGUCCGGACGGGCUCUGCGGUCCAGCAUGGCUCGCUUUCCGCCGCUUCUUGCCUGCUGUCUCCUCUGCUCUGCUGUCAUCGCUGCCGCGAAGGGAGACUUGCCCCAUACGAAGCUGUGGAGCGUUCGGUCCGGCCUCGGAGGCUUCGAUCCCGGGGACCCAGCCCCAGCUUUCCGCGUCCCCCUCCUGGAUGGAGAGUUCAUCUACCCGCCGCUGGGCUCCUCCAGGUCCUCGCUGAUCAUCCACGCCUUCACCAACAAGUCGGCCUUUCUGGAGUGCCUCUGGACCUCCAACGAGUCCCUCUCGGAUCUGGUCGAGUUCCUCCCGCCCAGCGCCCAGGUCCUCGUCCUCUCCAUGGACGACUCAGCCGGCGAGCAGGCGCUGUGGAUGCGGGAGCAGGUGGCUCGAGCCGCCGGGGGCAGGGGGAAGGAGAUUUUGUCCAGAGUCCACUUCUCGUCCAUUCCUGUCCACGCGCUGGGGAACUGGAUCCCUAGAGUGCUCUACUCGUGGGGGUGUGGAGGACACAACUGCGGCCUUGCACAGGCAGUUUUCACCUCUCCAGACUGGGCUGUGCCAGUGAUAGCGAAGCGUCUGAACGCGAAGUAUGACUGGCUGAACGGACGGUGGGAAUAUACUACAUCGUAUAUUCUGGCUGAAGCGGGUGAUGGUUGUAAACCCGUCCCUAAGGCUGCAGGAGCUGUCGCCUGGGUGUCUGAAGGCGGCUGCUCUUUCUUCACAAAGAUGAAAGCUAUGGCUGAAUCUAAUGCUUCUGGGGUGCUGGUGUAUGCCUUGCCUGGGAACCCUAUACAGAAUAUGAACUGUGUUGGGGAUGAAUGUAACACCAGCCUCAGCAUUCCUGCUGCUAUGCUGCACAUCGAGCCGGCUGUAGUGCGAGCUCUAUCGACAGGGAAGCCGGUUAAUGUGUCAUUCCAGGUCACUCCAUCACCAAACUUCUUCAUCGCGGUAAACCAGGAGGGGAAGCUGGCGGAGAUGGGUUGGUUCCUCUAUCCGACUUUCCGGUUCCUUAGCUGGCAGGUUCAGUGGUUUGACUUCUAUGCAGGCUUGCUGGAGCACAUUAGAAGGCCUGCUGAUGUGGUGCUCGUGUUUAACAGAACGCUGAUGCAGGGUAAGGCCGGGGCCCAGGCUGUGGUGGAGCUUCCCUCAGACUUGCUGAAAUAUGACGUGCUGGAGCUGGACGCGGCUCUGUCCUGUCCGGGCAUCAGGGAUGAAACGUGCGCUCACUGGGAUCACACAGUGCAGCUGUUUGUGUGCUGUGACCCUUUCAGUCCGUACUGUAACCUGGAGCUGGGCCGCUGGAUCACCGCCUUCCGGAGAGGUACAGGCCGUUGGGUGACGGAUGUGUCGCCUCUCCUUGCACUGCUGAACGGCACGCGUUGCUCCUUGACGAUGAAGACCGCCCCCUGGGCGAUGCCCUGGAUGACGACCCUGAACCUGCGUUUCGGCUAUAGCAACCACUCAGGAAAAUCUUCAGAGAAGCUUUACCCGUUCAAGCUGAUGAUGCUGUACAAUGGCGGAACGUUUGACCGGGAUUACAACAGUAGAUUCCAGCAAAUCAAAUUCGAAAUUCCAGCUUCAACUAAAAAGGUGGAAUUGUUUGCUGUCAUCACCGGCCAUGGCAGCGAUGAUAAUGGAUGCUGCGAGUUCUGUGUGACGUCACACUACUUCCUUGUCAACGGCCUCUACAACAACUCUCGCGUAUUCGACUCGGCUGGUUCGGCUCUGGGCUGUGCUCUGCGAGUGGGAGAGGGAGGAGUGCCCAAUGAGCAUGGAACGUGGCUCUAUGGCCGCGGCGGCUGGUGUGAUGGACUGCAGGUUGACCCUUGGAGGAUCGACAUCACCCCACAGCUGAAUAUGACUGGCCCCAAUACAAUCCUAUACUUUGGACUCUAUGACGGACGGAACCCCAAUCCAGCCAAGGAUCCAGGCUACGUCAUAAUGUACUCCUAUCUUGUUUUUUUUAAGUGAUGCAUAUUUUAAGAUCUACUGUACAUAGCAAAACCAAGAUUAAAGAUUUCUAUUUUGGAACUUG